CAACACACACUCGCAAAGAAGUUAAUAUCUUGAUGUACACAAACAAAUUGUCAAUUUCGCAAAACAUUUCGUAUAGUAAAAUUUCCAAUUAGACCGUGAAUAACGCAAUUUAAAAGAACAAUAAAUUUACAAAAUAAAAAUGAAAAAUACUUUCUAGACACUAUAAGGACAAUAAAUAUUACAUUCAAACAUAUAAUGGGACAGAAUCAAAGUUUGACGGAUUCUCUCCCUGAUGUGGAUAGUGUCCAUAUGCAGGUCGUUCGUCACACUAAAGUGUUAUCGGAAAUAAAUUCCCUAACUUACGAGGAUUUUAAAACAUGUCUGGACAAUUUAAAUACACUUUCUCGCAAAUGUAUUGAUCCCAAUGGCAAGCAACUGGUGUUUUUAAUUAAACGUGGUACUGACACUUCAUUGUUAUGGAAAGCUACUGUUAAAAUAGCAUGUAUUAAAGUGGAUCCCCAGACACGCCAAAUACAUUCCUAUAAAUUUUUGAAUCUUAAACAAUUCUUAUGUGUAUUUAAAACUUUUCAGUCGCAUUUGGAAAGUUUAGUAAGAAGUGAAAAUCAAAGAGAUAUAAGACGUGGCUCGCAAUCUACACCGGAAGAUGAGGAACAUUCGAAUAAUCUUGAUAUGACGACAAACUUGCCGCAACAAUUUACCGCUUCAAUGUUUAUGAGUGCUUUGGGCAGUAGCACUGACAGUGGCAGCGGCUUGAGUAGUCCAACGACAUCUACUUGUUCUCACAACGAUCAUGUGGACGAAUGUUCUAUAUGUUUGGAUCGUUCAACCGAAGUUAUAUUACCUUGUACGCAUAGCUUUUGUACGCCCUGUAUAGAGCAAUGGAAUGUUAAUAAUAAAACUUGCCCGAUAUGCUGUGAAACUUUGGAAAGUACGGAUGAUACUUGGGUCAUGUCGAAUAUACCAGGUGUGGAGGAAAUAAAUGAAGAAAUUUGUGCAGAAUUCAUGAAUUUAGCUGCUAAAGAGCAAUAAAUAACUAAAAUGUUAAGAAUCUUAGCUGGCUUAAUUACAACCAUAAAUAUUGGAAUAUAGCCAUAGCAAUAAUUUCAUUCUACAAUGAACAAACCCAAUUCCUCAUACUACUACAUUUUCCUAAAUGUAAUUAAUAUUUGCUGUUUCUUAUAUGCAGCGAUUUAAAAAACAAUGUUUAAUAAUUUAUAUUUAUAUAAAAGUUUGUUUUUAUGUUAUUUGUAUUGAUAUUUUAACAAUAUAUACAUAUAUUUAAAUUAUAACCCGAAAAACUGGACAAUUUUUCA